UUAAAAGAAAAAGUAUCACAAAUUGGGGAUAUUUCAAUUUUCAACCAAUUUAUCUACAGAAAUCAACCACAAAUCUCUGGUUUGAUCCAAUCAAACUAUUCAAAGCGAGCUACGUAACGGACAACAGCUUGAGAAAUGGAUGGGCAUGAUGCUGAAGAUCCGAAGCAGAGUACUGCUGAUAUGACUGUUUUUAAAGCUCGUGCCAGCGCCACACCUGUUUGCUGCAAAUGAUCAAUGCCUCGUUCGAAUGAUCAGAUGCUAAAUGUUGCUGAUUUUUUGCUUUGUUUUCUGCAGGUGCAAAAUUUACUCCAGCAGAUGCAAUCGAGGUUCCAGACAAUGUCAGAUUCCAUCAUUACAAAGAUCGAUGAAAUGGGCAACAGGAUAGAUGAGUUGGAGCAGAGCAUUAACGAUCUAAGAACUGAAAUAGGAGUAGAGAGCUCUCCAUCUCCUUCAGCUCCUCUGAAGGCGAAAGACGACACCAAAUCAGAGGAAUGAUUCACCAAAUUUACAUAACAAAUUGUAGGUCUUCUACAAUGAAAUUUAUUUGCGUGCUUUUCCUGAUUUGAAUGUAAAACCAGUACAUAAUAUUUCAAAAUUAUGUGUUUUCAACAGACAUGUAUUUAUGGUCUUUUUUUUUUAUCAAUGUAUUUGUGGUCUCACAUUUUGAUA